AUGGCCCUGGCGGCGAGGGCGCUGUGGUCGGGCCGGGGCGCCCGGGCCGGCCGGCUGGGUGGGCGGCUGUGGCCGCCGCUGCUCGCGCAGAGCCAGGCCAGCUUCGUGGCGUCGGCGGGGGGCCGGGGCCCGGCGGCCGCCACCCGCCAGGGGCGCCCGCGGCUGCUGGGGGCGGCGGCGCUGGCCCUGGGCGGCGCGCUCGGGCUGUACCACACGGCGCGGUGGCACCUGCGCGCCCAGCGCCUCCGCGCCCAACGCUCGGCCGUGCAGAUGUCCCUCUCCAGUCACCUGCAGCUGACCCUGUACCAGUACAAGACGUGUCCCUUCUGCAGCAAAGUCCGUGCCUUCCUCGACUUCCACGCUUUGCCCUAUGAGGUGGUGGAGGUGAACCCUGUGCUCAGGACUGAGAUCAAGUUCUCCUCCUAUCGGAAGGUGCCCAUCCUGAUGGUCCAGGAAGGAGACAGCUUGAAACAACUGAACGACUCCUCUGUCAUCAUCAGUGCCCUCAAGACCCACCUGGUGUCGGGGCAGCCCCUGGAGGAGGUCGUCACCUACUACCCUCCCAUGAAGGCCACGAACGACCGCGGCAAGGAGGUGACCGAGUUCUGCAACAAGUACUGGCUCAUGCUGGACGAGAAGGAGGCCCGGCGGAUGUACGGGGGGAAGGAGGCCCGCGCGGAGGAGAUGAAGUGGCGGCAGUGGGCCGACGACUGGCUGGUGCACCUCAUCUCCCCCAACGUGUACCGCACGCCCGCCGAGGCCCUGGCCUCCUUCGACUACAUCGUCCGCGAGGGCAAGUUCGGGGCCGUGGAGGGCGCCAUGGCCAAGUACCUGGGCGCGGCCGCCAUGUACCUCAUCAGCAAGCGCCUCAAGAGCAGGCACCACCUCCGGGAUGACGUGCGGGAGGAUCUCUACGAGGCCGCCAACAAGUGGGUGGCAGCAGUGGGCAAGGACCGGCCCUUCAUGGGGGGCCAGAAGCCGAACCUCGCCGAUCUGGCGGUCCUACGGCGUGCUGCGGGUGAUGGAGGGUCUGGAGGCCUUUGACGACCUGAUGCGGCACUCACACAUCCAGCCCUGGUACCUGCGGGUGGAGAAAGCCAUCGCCCAGGUCCCCCCGGCACACUGAGUGCCCGACUGGGCAAGGGCAAGGAGGCAGACGAGGCCAGCCCUGGCGCUGCUACGUGGGUAUGGGGGACCAGGGACAUUGACCUCUUCUCCACUCCGCCCCUAGCCCUCCACUACUGACACUGGACGCCUCUAGGUGCUGGGAAUAAGGCCCAGGUUCAGUUCCUGCCCACACCCAUGCUGAGGGUAACGGGCAGGGGAGGAGGGUCCCAGAGGGAGGACCUCCGCUCCCCGCCCAGCUCCGUGGCAUCAGCGCCCCCGUCUCCCUGUCCUGGGCCUCGGCUGGGGCUCCCCCCUGUGGAGGCUCACACUGAGGCCCCUCCCAGCCCCCUCCCCUUCUGGCACUUUCUUCCCAGACCUCCCCGUGGACUCUUGUCAUAUUUGCAAUAAAGGAAAUGUUUUUGUUGCCUGUUCA